AUGAACGGAGCGGGGCAAGUGGGCGGAGUGAGCGUAUUUUUCAAGCGGAAUUCGGGCGCGGGCGGCAUCGUCGCGUGGGGCGGCUAGCCACUCGCAGAACACUCCAUGCCCGAGCACGACAAGUACCAGCUGCGUCCGCGCGCCGCGCGCAGCCGCGAGCCGCGUGCGCGCCGCACUCCCCAGCCACUCAGCAAGUACAGAAGGAAAACAGCAAAUGCCCGCGAAAGAAGUCGAAUGCGCGAAAUCAAUCGUGCCUUCGAAGCUCUGCGGCGAGCUGUGCCGGCCUCAGCGAUCACCGGCACGCCAGUGCCCUGUGAAAAACUCACGAAGAUCACGACUCUUCGACUAGCCAUGCGCUAUAUAUCAGCUCUCUCAGCAACACUAAGAGAUUCCAGCCCCGAAAGCGAUUCUACACAAAGGCCAGAACGUUGGCCCUCGCCGUUCUGUUCUGAUCUAUCUGAAUUCUCUACGGAGUUAGAGCCUGAGAACACUUCGGAAUUCGCUGAGGAUUCGCUUUCGCCGUUCGAUUCCUUCUUCGCUGAAUUCGAUUAUGAAUAUAUAGACAGGACUUUUGCGUGAUAUAGUGAAGUGAAUCAUGUGCUGUUGUUACUGGACCUUUUAAUUAGGUAUUUGUACUCCUAAUCCUACCUGCCAUAUUAAUAAUUAUUUAAAUAUUAAUAUAUUUUAUGAAAUGUAUUUGGAUUUAUUUGUUUUGAAUAAAUUUUAAUUGUUAUUGUUAUAUCUUACAA